CCCGGCUCGGCUGCGAACGCAGUACGCGCCCGUCGGCCCGAAAACGCGCACCACCGCCGCACCAAUUUUCCACUGGUCUCAUCCGGAACGGAAAGCGCGCUAAAGUGCGCGGCGCCACAAGUUGCAGUUGUCAGUCCCGUCGUCGCGACCGUACUGCGUCAAAACAGACACCACUGCACAGCAUACACGGCGUUGUCAUCGUUGACGAACGGUUAGGUCGCGGUAUACACACCGUAAACACCGUCGUGGGUGUUAGUUUGGUCGCGGUCGCACACGAUGACGUCCAGCGACGGAGGACUGCAGUCUUGUCGCCGGCAGGACAACCGCGGCGGCGGUGGCGUUGGCCAAAACCUGCCGAUCAUAAUGGCUACCGGCUGUCGGAUGCCACGGUCGCCGUCCAGGGACAAGGACUUGGCGUCGUGCGCCGCCUCCAGGACCGCCGCCGCACAUCAACAGCCCUACGCCACCACCGCCGUCGUCUUGAACCGCGUUACCAGCUCUUAUCCCGAAGCGUUUUUCAAAAGGAUGUCGCAGGACAUAACGAAUUCGGUGUGGUUCGAAGAAGAGAACGAUUUGAUAAAAAGCUGCGGCGCACUGCAGUCGGCGCUGGGUCUAUCCAAGAGCUUCAGCACCAGCGACAUCGCUGACGCGACCAACAUGGACACCGGGUGUUGGCCCGCGGACAACGAUGACGUCCGCAUGCCGCACAGCGCUUCCGAGCUGGCCAUAAACAAGUUGCGCAUAAACUCGGACGUGCUGCUGAUGGCCACCACCAUGCAGGGCCGGUUGGGCAACACGUCGCGGUCGCUGUCCACGUGCGUGGUGGUCGGCGACAUGGCGUCCACGUCGCAGCUGCCGUCGCCGAGCCGGUACUCCAGCUCGUUGCACAACAGCUACGCGCCGUCCGCGUUCAGUCCCACCGACCUCGUGAGGUCCGUCAACAAAAAGGUGCGGCAAAAUUAUAUUCAACGGCGUCUGUUGAUCACUUACAAGACAUUGGAACGUUUGUCACUGAGCGAAUUCAAUUUAGACAAGAGUGCCGGAGCCGAUCGUGUACCAGAACCACUGCAGCAGUUGUCUGACCGCUAUGACGCGACCGCAGCCACCGCAGCCGCGGGUUCUGGCAAAUAUUUGAGCGUACCGAAAACCGGCGGCAAGCCGCUGUGCCCGGAUGACAUUGCCGUGUGCACCGACACCAUAAAGCGAUAUCAGCCGAAGGCGUUCACCCGAUACGACAGGAACAUGUUCAUAGUCAACUGGUUGGAUAACAUCGAUCCGCAGAACAACACCACGGAAGAUCAAUAAAACACACACACACGCGAAAUAAUAUUGAUAAAUAUUAUAAUAAUGAUUGAAGGAUUUGUUGCAAAAAUCAGACAAGUUGACUUUUUAAAUUUGUUGGUAUCAUCAAAAAACAGGCUUAUAACUUACAUAUUUUUUUUUAAAACGCCACAAUUUUAGUUUUUUGUUUUUAACAAAAAAAAAUUUCAUAUUUUAAAUAAAACAAAACAAUGUUCGACAUUAAUUAAGUUUUGAAUAGUGUGUACACAUUGCUUUAUAUCGUAGCAAAAAAUGGAAACCAGAUAAGUCUAUAGCUGGUAUUCACUAUAAAAAUUAUACCUACUUAUAUAUAACGGACUAAUCUGGAUGUUGCACUGACGCUUAGGAUAUUUUCCCUUUGUUUUAAUUUGUGAAUAAGUGUAUUUUCAAAAACUUGUGUGAUUUUUGCAGCAACCCUUUCAAUUUAGUCUAAUUGUUAUAGUAAAAUACGCGCGCAACUUUAUACGUUAUGAGCAUCGAUAUGAAUACUGCUAAAAAAAAAAAUAAAAAAAAUAACUGCUAUGUAUAAUAUUAUAAACUAUUAUCUAUUUAUCAAUUAUUUAAUUAUUAUCUGAUUGUUGUUAAAUUUUCUGUGGUCAUCAUCGCGGUCUUGUAAGACAGUGGUCAUCAUUGCGCGAUCCAUAUAAUAUAUCAUAGGUACAAUAUUAAUAUAUUAUUAUGAUUACGAACGUGUUAUGACCAUAUUAUUUUAGAGCGGUUAUUUCUAAAACGAUACGUUAAAUGUUGUAUUGUGUACAUAGAGACGUGAGUGAUCUUUGUAAACAUGAUUUUUCACUUCCCGAAGUUAUUACAUAUUUUAUAAAAGUAACAUCGAGUUUGAACAAUUAAUUCGUAUUUAGGCUCGAGCUUUAAAUAAUUAAAUGUAUUUUUCAUCUAAACAUGGAUAACACUAGUUAUGUGAUACAAACUUGAUAUUAUCUAAGUAAAUAUUAAAAUAUCCCCUUGGAUUUGCAUUAAAUUGAUGUCUUUUUUAUCAGUGGUGGCGUGAUUUGUUUUUCCUGUGAAGCAAUUAGGUUUCUUAAUAAGUACCCACCCACUAAUUUUUUCUCACAUUUUAAACGAUUUCUCAAUAAUAUAACGCAGGAAACCUACUUAAUAUUUACUUAGGUAUAGGUAUAUCGUUAGGUGUGACUAUGGGAGUAUAAAUUAUAAACUAGUCCAGCAGUCUAGAUCCUGGAAACUGGAGUCAUUGGGAUACCCCCAUUUUUGCAUGAGGCGGCCGCCUCAUAAAAUAUCUAUUCACGCUGCCACCGUUUAUUAGUAAAAUUUGAAAUUUAGAAAACAUAAUAUUAUGACCACAUUACAUAACAUUUAAAUUUAAUGUUUAUAAAUACCUAAUCCAUGAAUAACACAACGAAGAAGGUUAUAGGCUAACUAUACUCUGUUAUUUGUUAUUCUAAUAUUAUAUGCCCACGUUUCGUUUUAUUAAUAUUAAUAAGACUAUAACAGUCUGGCUAUUUUAUUAUUAUCUAUAUAUUAUCCAUGAAAAUGUCUACGAAAAUAAUUUGUCCCGUUGAUUAUUGACUUAAAUAACUAUAUUUCGUUACCUAUUUUAUAGAUUAUAAUUUUGUUUGAUAGGUACUUAUCUUAAUAUAUUUAUAUUUUUAUUAUUUUGUUGACUUAUAUCUUAUAAAGUGUAACUUGGUAGGUUCAAGGUAUGGUUGGAAAUCAGUAUCAUUAUAUUAAAUAUGACUGAUAAGUUCUAUGGACUAUGAUUAACUUAUAUACUUACAUUAAAAUGAUCAGUGAAUUUGUCAAGAAUUGAAAGUCAAUUACAUAAACAUUUUUAUUACAAUUUUUAAUAUAAUACUAUAAUACUAUAGGCUAAUCGAUUUACAUAUAUUAAGAUUAAUGCUAGAAUUGGAAAAAAAAUAUAGAUACUCUAAAAUGUUUUCAUUUUAAUAAAUGCCAACCAAUCAACUUUUAUAAAAUUAGUUGAGAUACGCUCAAAUAUUUAAAAAACUAAUUUAAAUAUAGUACUAUAAUGUCUCCUCACAUUCUCUAUAUGACUAUAUCCAAUUCUAGCAUUGUACCUAUAACAGUAUUACGCUUUGAUACAUUUAGACAAAGACUUGAGAAACUUGUUUUAAGGCAUAUAUUUUAUUACAACAUGUAUAACAAAAUAAAUAACUAAAUACAAAUCUAAUAUUUUAAUAACAAUACAUUGUUAAGAAUAAUAAUAUUAUAAAAAUACCUAAAACAUUUUUUUCAUAUUUAAAAUUUUUAGUGAAGCUCAUUAAUCAUUAUUAUAAUAUAAUUAACUAACAAAUACAUAUAAUUUAUAAAGUUUGAUUGAUACUAGCUUAGAUAUUUACCUAAUCUGUAUGUCUUUAUAUAUUUUAAUUACUUAUUUUUUACUUAAUAUACAGUAUGAAGUGGCCAAGACCAAUUAGGUAUUUAAAUCAUAAUUUUAUAUCUUCAAUUUGUAUGAGAUUAUGUUGGCAAAAAGUUUUAAGUUUACAAAAUACGAUUUUAUAUUUUGCUUAUAUUUUAAAUGUAUUAAUUAUAUAAAUUACCUAAAAGUUUUAAAUCUAUUCAAAAUGCGGCCUUAAAUCAUGUUACCAAUUCAAAAUGUUCUAUGUAUUAAAUUUAUAAAAAUAUAUUCAAUAUAAUCAUCUGACUAAAUUGUACCUAUACACCAGUUAAAUAAGCUUAAAACCAUAAAAAAUACUAUUUUUUUAUCUAGGCAAUAUUAAUCCAUCAUUUGAAUUAUAAUAAUAAUUUCAUCUAAUAAUACAUUUUUAAAAAAAUGCUAAUCAAUUUCUUUUCAACUAAUAUGACAGUACAAUUAAUUAAUUUACAGUUACCUACAAUCUAAAAAAAAAAAUAGGAAAAUAAUAUAUUAUUAUGACGUAUUGAGCUUUAUAUAUCUUGUUAUUUAAUAAUAAUAUAAUAUUGUUUAUGUGUCGGAUCUACUGUAACCUAUGGACCCUAAACCUAUAUAAUAGCUAAGGAGCUGGUAAAUCCCAUAAAUUUUUUUUUUUUAGUUGGGUAUGAUCUGCUGAGUUUUUUUAAUGUUCUAUAUGUAUUGGAAAAUAUGCUAAAUGGAUAAAAUAUUAAAUAGGUACCCAUAUUAUUAAUUUAUUAACUUGGUAAUUUUGUAAUUUUUAUUUAAUCAAUUACUUAGUAUUUAAAAAAAUACAUUUCCUAUUUAUUUUUAGAUGACAACACAAAAACAAUUUUAUUUUACAGACCCUGUUGACUAUUAACUAACUUUUUUUUUUAACUAUUGGGAUAUAGACUAUAGUUUAUAUGUUUAUAAGAAAAUAAGAAAAUAUAAAAGGUAAUUUGUUAAAAGUCUACAGUUUUAUAACUUGACGUAAAAAGCUUAUCAAAUAUGUUUAUUGAUAAAAUGAGUUUAAAUGCUUUUUUAUACAAAAACUUUAAUAAAAUAUAAAUUAAAAAUUGAAUUUAUUUCAAACGUCAUAAAAAAAUUGUUUGAAGUUUACCAAUAGGUGAACUCUCUCUAAUCUCUCCUACAAGUUAUCUUUUAAAAUAAAAUUAUAAUAUUAUUAUUCUUUUUUUUUAGAAUUUGAUUACAAUAUAUGUAUAAUAUGUAUCUUGAUACCUGAUAUUACAAUCAAUAUUCAAUGAAACCACCUACCUGUAUAUUUCUAAGUUUUUUUAUUAUUAUAAUUAAGCCAACAUGAUUUAACAGUAUUGCCUAUUUUGGCACUCUACAAAAGUAAUCAGUUUUUAAUAAAGACUUUUUUAAAUUUUACGGUAUUUUAUAAAUCCGUCCAUUUAUUAAAGAAUACAUUUUUCUAAUUUUUAAAUACUCAUAACAUUCUACUUAUAUUAUUGUUUAAAUUAUUUUUAAAUAAUUAACACCUGUAUUUGCAAUAGAUUUAUUAAAAUAUAACACGUAACCUCUAUAUGAAUCCUUUAUAUUGUAUUUACAAAAAAAGUAAAAUUGAUAAUAUCAUCUGUCCUAAAAAUUAUCGUGGAAAGUUUAGUAUUAUUAUGUUUUUUGAAGAUAUAACUUUGAAUUGUAUACCUACUUAAUAUUACCUAUAACUAAUCGCUUUUUUAAUUUUUAUAAUACAGGUAUAUAUUUAUUUAUAUAGUAUAUAUAGAUAGUAUAGUAUAGUAUACAUACCUAUAAAUUUGCUUAUAUUUGAUCAUUAUUGUAUUUAUUAAUUUCUUUAUCUCAAAUGUAUAAUAUUUGGUUAUAUUAUUGUUAUUAUUCCUGUAUAUUAUGGUAAAUAAUAUAUUAAUUAGGUACCUAUAUCAGUAUACCUAAUAAAAGGUGGAUAAGUUUCAGAAAAUGUUAUACCUAUUGGCUAUUAUAGUUAUGUAAUGAAUAUUGUUAAUCAUUAAAAUAAAAUAAUUUAAACAAUUAUAAUUGAGCGUAA